AGCCAUCCUACAUUACUCAGAACCCCCAGAGGACUCUCCAAUAGGAGGAUAACCCUGGGUGUAUUUCGACCAUUCAAUGGUUCAUCCCGGGAUUGAACUGAUUCACCAGAUGCUGGCGGAGUAAGAUGAGAAGAGAUGGCGGGGAAAAGGUGGGCAUCACUCCGAGUGUCAUUGUCGAUCUACGAGCGGGAGAUAGAUGGGGGAUUAACCACCGUCUAGUAUCUUCAAGAACCCCCGAAAGCAAGCUCGUCGAGAUUGGAUUUGAGAUCCGAUCGGGAGAAAAGAUAACAAUGCAAAGUCCGAGCCCUGCAGAAGUCUGCGAUGGGAGGGCGAGAGGAAGAAUGACGACCAGUGAUUACCCCGCUUCCCGUCCCGCUUUUUGUUUUGAUUUUCUUCGCGUUUUUGCUUUUUCGGCUCUUCCGUUGGGAUUUUGGCUUCUUUCGAUAUCUUUAUUAUUUCUCUUGUCCAUGGAAUGAAUAUGUUAUCAUCAGUGUCCGUAUCGAUUGAUUGAUUGAUUUUAUUGUACUGAUUCAUCUUCAUUUCGCGUUGAAUCCCUAUUUUCCCGCCAAGUGUCCCUUCCACUCGGUCCCCCGCGGUCACCGGAUUCCACUGGCGUCUCUCGGACCUUGUCAGACUCGUUGGCUGGACUUGGACACUGCAUCCUCGCCAG